AUGGAGAAAUCAAAGACGGCGCAUCUUGUCUCCAAUAACGUAAAGUUUUUAUCCGCAUUUUUUUCAGCCUGUCUUGCUGUUUGUUUCGUGACGUUGAUUCACGUCGAGGUCGAACUUCGUGCUCAUCGUCAAAUACUUGAAAUCUUAAAUCAAGAGAGAGAAGACAGUAUCGAGCUACGAAACAUAGUGGGUCGCCAUGAAAAAACCAUCGAUUCUAUGUUGAAGAUGUUGCAUGAUGGAUCACCUGACGGUAACUAUUAAAUUAAAUAUACCUUCGUCAACAUAUUCUUAAUUUUUUAUGGCAUCCACACACAAAUAAACUUUCGAAAAAAAAGGUUAGUUAAAGUAAUUUUCACAAUUCAAUCACGUAAGCCCAGGAUAAAAAAACAACACUAGUUUUCUUUUAAAAAAAAGGUUGGUUCGCACAUGGAAAUGAUUUUUUUUGUAGUGACUUUUUGGAGUUAUCCUAAAGAAUUGUUGCUAAAUUGGGUUCUUUUAUAAGAGCAGAGGAAAAAAUUACUAUUUGAAGGUAUUCAGCUGUUUUCCUGUAAAGCUGAAACGCCGUUGCGUGAGUAUUUGAUUAACACUUCCUGUUUAUGUCAAAUUCAGUCACCUCUGAGCCCAUAUAGCACGUAACGAGGAGCACUCUCGGUCGACCUUUGCACAAAACAGAAUAUUUAGUUACAGCUCAAUGAACCAUUCGUUAAGCCUACCCUGCGUUGGAGAACGAACGUGGGGUGAGGAGAGGGGGUUGGGGGUAGCUUAGAAGCAAACCUUUCCUGAAAACAACCACAGACCUUCGGCAAGCAGUAGACCGAGAAAGCAGAGUUAUAAGUGAGGAAGGAGUUAAACUUGUGUUCGCUAAUGAAGGUUAAUUCUUGAAAAUAAAUGGAUUGCCAUUACAUUAUAUUUCAGAUACUCACAUUCGUCAAAAACGUCGUGUGCAAAACAAGAAUUCAAACGUCAGUGAAAGCUCUAACCGUGACAUCAUCAGGGAAGAAAUUCAAUCGGCCUUAGGGAGCAUUGCUUGUAAAGUCUACUGCCCAAAAGGAAUCAGGGGAAGACAAGGUAGGCCCGGUCCACCAGGGCUUCAGGGAAGACGAGGCAGGCCUGGUCCCACAGGCAAGUAUGGUCCACGUGGGCCUCAGGGACCACAGGGACCUACAGGUUCUCAAGGAAUUCAGGGACCACCUGGACCUAAAGGCGAUCAGGGACCUCAAGGACCCAAGGGCGAUCCUGGUGAGUCUAUCUCAGCGCCUUCUAUUGUGUCACCUCUGGUAUCUAUGGUGGUAAAUGAAACUGGAAUAGCCUCAUUUCAGUGCGAUGUUAAAGGCAAUCCCGCACCUCAGGUCAAGUGGCUAAAGCAGAAUUCCAGUCUUCCCAAUGACAAACGAAUUGUUCAAUCAGGCAAUGCAUUCAUGAUAAAAGAUGUUACGUCACAGGAUGGUGGAAUGUACACGUGUAAAGCAGAAAAUAUUCUUGGAGUGAUGACAUCAUCGGCUACGUUAACUGUCCAAGGUGAGUUGAAAGACGCCUCCUCAGAGCACCUCUUGUGGAAUAGACAUUUAUUCUGCAUGGGGCCCUGGGAAUGGGUUUUUUGGAAGAGAGUCUCAUUCAGUUCGCCAAAAUAUCGGGGGACCUCUCAUGUAAAAGAAGCGGGAUACUCAUCGCGAAAAUUUGAAAUUAUACCUCUUAGGGACACCGACCUAGGCACGGAUCCCUACUCAAUUUCACGCUAAAAGAUAACGCUUUUAAAAAAGUAUUCGUUCACUCCAUGCGAGUACAAAAAAAACUCAUCCUCUUGCAAGUUUGCUCCUCAAAAGCGCAGAAAGAACUUAGGGCUUUUAAAAUUUAUAUGUUUACGCAGGAGGUAUUGACAAAUGAUUUAAGCCUAAUAAGAGGAUUAUAACGGUUAUUUUUAAUUCCCGGCAAGUCUUUGAAAAUCGCUAAUAUUUCAUUGUUGUCAGUAAAAUCUCAUUUUGGAGCAGAUUUUCAAGAAGAUUUUUUCGUAUGCGGUAUAACUCAGAAUGACUUGAAAUUAAUUUUCCCGAUAAGUACAAAUGGCCUUCUUUCCUAUGAUGUAAAAAUUUAUCUGGGGCCUUAAUUCACCGCCAAGAAAAAGUCCGCUAAACUUCGAUCGCGAGGAAAUUACGCAUUGACUUGUCAAGAAAUUAACAAAUUAUGCCUGUCUACGUUAUGACAAAGCCAAAAUUUCACACAAAUCUCAGCAUUUAGCACUUUUUUCAGGGGCGUGGCUGUCUUUAAAGCCAUUAAGCCCGGGCUUAACCCUAAUUUGGGUCAAAAUGGGCUCAUGUCCUAUCGUGAAAGGAUGUCAGAAUACAACUCAUUGUAGUCGCGGUGAUGGGCUUAUAAAAUUGGCACAUAAACGGUCGACUUCCUGAUAACUCGAACCCUCGCUUAUUCGAACCUCCCAGUAACUCGAAGUAAUUUUUGUUUCCCUUCAGAUCAUAACCUCUAUACAAUUUUACCUUCGAUAACUCAAAGCAUGUUUAAAGCGCGUGAAAAGUUAAAAAAAAAAAGGAGUGAACUGCAGGCAUUGAAUAUAAUUCAAAACAACUGUGCAACUGUGUAAUACUCCAGGUGCGGAUCUAUAGGAUAAAUGCGGACCGAUUUCCUUAACGAGUCCCGAGAGACGCACCCUUCUUGGGGGUCAAUGGGCAUACUUCCCCGGUAGAUUUUUUAGAUUCUAACUCCCUAAAGUCCCCUUUCCUGGAUUUCCGAGUCAUUCAGUUAGGAUAUUGGCACAGACAGCACGCGCACUACAUAAUGGAGGCUAGCGCGCACAUUUGCAUCUAACUAAAGAAAACAUGACAGAAAUAAAAUAAUAAUAAUGUUAAUUAUAAUAAUAAUUAAUAACAUAUUACAAAGGAUACGACGGUGUUCUUUAUUCUGUGACCGCUGUUUUCAACUCUCGCAGUGUAGUACCAUACUUACCAAUAAUUGCACCAUGACGGUUCAGGGGCACCCAAAGUCAAUUUUUGGAAAAUAUCUGUUCGGAGGACGAUUUGAGAUCUAGAAUUUUCGGAAAAUAUUUUUGAGACUUUAUAGGAUUUUCGAACAUCUAAAAAAUGGUAUAAUUGCCCAUUUUUAAAGGAUUUUACCCCCAAAAAGGUCAACUAGAAUCUUCGGAAGCCUUUUUUCUGGCUGAAAUUUUCGAAAAGGUAAGUUUUAUAGUUCCCUGUAAUUUUCGGAUCAUUAGACUUUCAGCUAGGAAAUCCGAACAGAUGAAAAAUUUUUAGGGGAUAAAAAUAUGCCUAUAUCUACGGUUUAAAUACUAAAAUACAUUUAGCAAUGCUAUGUUUAGUGGUUUUGAACUAUAUUCUCGUUGGUUGUCCCUGACGGUUGAAGAAUUUGGUAAGUGGUUUUAGUAGCAAGGUAUAUUUGAAGCCUUGUUGCCGGAGGCGUGACGAGCGCUGAUGGAGCCUGUGUAUGAAGUCCACCUUUGAUGUAAAAAUCCUGCAAUACCUCACCAGCUGAGAUGUGUAUACUCUAUGGGCCGGAUUGCCUGGGAAGUUGCUGUCCAUAUGGGGAAAACGGACGAUCUGGCAGUUGAAGUCAUCCAUCUUGUCGUAGAUGCUGAUAUGAUAAUGUGUUUCGUCGUCUUCGUGUUUUAUUCAAGUGUCGAGAUAACAUUUACCAAACCAUUUUCUCUUUGCUUGUUUUUCUUCCCUUUUUUGUGGAAUUGGCCCGACCACUUUGAAAUAAUACAAUAGCCAAGUUGCUCCUACAAAAAAAUUUAAUUUCAUGUCUUUAAAUUCGUGCCCUAGUUAACUACGUUUAUUUUUGCAUUAAUCGAUGUAAAAAUGCAGCCUCGAACAAGUCAAUCCAUCUGAAUGAUUCUUAACUUCAUUUUACGUGAAGAUCGGCGACUGAUCUAAAACUUAGCCUCGCUCUGCAGUUCUAUUUUGCCGACAUCUUACUGAGUUUACACUGAGCAAAACAACUGUUUUAAGAAAUUAUGAAGACCUUACAACUGAGAAAGCCGCCACUUAGCUCAUUUUCCUCCUCGCCAGGUCAGUGUCCACUGCGACUCCAAAGAGAUAUGAUUUUGCACAACGAGAAGCGUGAAAACAUGACAUGUGCAAUCUCUGAUACUGACAAAACGUCUCAGUGUGAGCCCUUGCUACUAGCCCACACAAGCCAGAAAUACAUCUCUACAAACCUUAAGGGCUACAUACAUGUGUGUAGUAGAGAUCUUUAAGUCAAAAAGGGUAUUAUUAGUAUUAUGGUCAAAUAUUCCUCUCUGAUAUUGACUAUGACCCAGGUGAUGGGCUAGUGCUAUGACAGUAUUUUCUUCAUCUAAAACAACCGGUCCCAGGUCUUUUACAACUCGGGCUUAAAAGGAAAAAAAUGGCUGACUACGCCCCUGGUGUUAGAUCUAAAAAACAGUUCAGUAAGCUGACCUUGUAAAGCCGGCGGUGAAAAAACCUUUUUUUCUUGACAAAUUGCCAUCUCCACAUGAACAAACGGCACACAACAACGCAUUAUAUUACUCGAUAUUUUCAACCAAUGUAUUUGAGCUUUUACACGACAGUACCCCCGACACGUUGACUAGAUUCUGCUAAAAAGUACAAUAAUGAAAUCAUAAUUAGAGUUGGAGUAGAACGAAUUUUGAACUCCAGAGUGACUGAAUGUUCUUUCUGCGCUUUUGAGGAGCAAGCCUCUUGUAUCCUUCCUUGUCGCUUUUAUUUUGGUUAUUUUAUGGAAGUGGCGACCCGUUACAGUUUUUGGGAAUUUUCUGGAAAAGAAAAAAUAUAUAAACAAAAAAAUUACACCACAUUUAUUGACACUAGCUUUGACUCACUAUAAGUUUGCAUGCCUGAGUUUUCCUUUGUCGAUUAUUUUGUUUUGGAUUCCCCGUUUCUUUUACAUGUCUGAUGUACAACUAUUUCUGUUUUAAAGUACGCGCUUUGAUCACUCAUACACCAUCAUCGAUCACAGUGGAAGAAGGACAAAAUGUGAGCCUGCAGUGUAAAGCUACUGGUUUGCCCGUACCGAGAGUGACGUGGCGGAAAGCGUUCAGCAAGUUACCGGUAAAGAGAAGCUCAAUAGCCAAUGGAAACCUGAGUAUCCGCAGUAUAACUAAAGCAGAUAGUGGGACUUACGCAUGCUCAGCAAAGAAUCUCCUUGGAGAUGACUCUGCUGUCGCCUUGGUGAUGGUGAUUAACAGGCUACAAUUCAUGAUCAUUCCUCCAAACAAAGUGAGCGCCUUACAAUGUAGCAAAGUGAUCUUGCAUUGCACAGCUAAGGGUUCGACAGAGAUCAUUUGGAAUCGAGUGGGUAAACAAAUGCCUCAAAAUCAUGUUGUUUAUUCAAACGGAACCUUGCUUCUGACAAACGUUUCUCCAAAUGAUGCUGGUUCGUAUACAUGCAUAGCGAAAAACUCGCUGCGGUCUAUUGAAGCAUCAUCUGUUGUCGAAGUGCCCAAACGUAAACCCACAUCCUGUAGCGAUUUAAAAUCAAGAUGCAGAGGAAAAACUUCAGGUAAUUAUAUUAUUGACCCUGAUGGCAAAGGAGGCGUGGCUCCGUUCAGUGUGUAUUGUGACAUGAGUGACAAGGGAGGAGUUGGCGUGACAGUCAUAAGUCACGACAGUGAGAGUAGAACUCAUGUGAAUAGCGUCAGUCCAGGAUGUAGUAGUGAAGGUUGUUACAGGAAAGAUGUGACUUACACUGGAGUUAGCACCGCUCAGCUGGCAGCACUCACUCGAGUCUCACAGAACUGUGAACAGUUUAUCAAGUUCGAAUGCAAUAAUGAUGUUCAAUUUGUACAGCAGAAUGGUGCCUGGUGGGUGUCACGUGACGGAACACGCAUGAACUACUGGGGUGGAGCUACGGGAUAUAACAACAUGUGCGCAUGCGGAGUAACAAACUCUUGCUCCAAUGGUAAAAAUUGUAAUUGUUACAACGACAGAUCUGAUAGCGGUUGGAGAGCGGACAGCGGUCUACUAACUGACAAGUCUACUCUUCCUGUGACUCAGAUCAGACUGGGAGACUUGGAUCAAUCACAUGAGGAAGGUUAUCACACAUUAGGCAAACUCAAAUGUUAUGGACAUGCUUGA